GGUGUUGGGAUGGUUUGAACCGGAAGGAAAUGCAAAGACUAGGGAGGGGCAGAAGGCCGGCAAGGAAGGGCAAGAUACCAGUAUGGCGGGCGAGGCCAGUAGCUCCGAAGGCGGUCUUAGGAAGAUAGUAUCGUCCUUCGCGCGAGCACUGAACAAAAAUCAAGGUUACCUGACGGAUGCUAAGAAAAAGUUGACGUUUGACGGAGCGAACAUCACGAAAUUCUUGCUAGAUUACGAGAAUCAGGCUGCAUUGUUGAAAUGGACCGGAGAAGAAAUGAUGGACCACCUGGAACAGCAUGUGUCUUUGAGCUUGGGGCGGGACAUAAUGACCAUCGUAGCUGCGAGUCGAUCCUGGAAGGAAACCCGGGAUGUGAUGCUGAGGAAAUACCUGGCAACAGAGAAAAUGGCUACGGAGGCCGAUUUAGCGGCAGUUCAAAGGAAGAACUUCGCAACGUACAACGACUUCCUACGGGAGUUUACCCUGGUAGCCCUAAGGAUCCCCGGGGUUACGGACCGGAUAAUGAGUAAGUACUUCCUCAGGCAGUUCUUCGAGUUCGACAAGGACAAGAUUCUGUCGGCUUACCAACAGACGAGCAAAUUCGUAAACACCAGGGAUGUUGAUUUCAGUUCGGUAACAGAUCUGGCCGAAAAGACUGUAGUGACCGAGACAUUAGCCUUGCUCAAGGAAGGGGAAGUUAUAGAUGUGAAUGGUAGGGCAGGCGACAAGGCCAGCCCUAAGUUGCUCAAAGGGCUAAGACAACUGUUGACUCGACGGCGAGUAGAUAUAGACGAAAACCCCGAAUCACCGGAAGCUUCACAAGAAGUCGCUAACCUUCAAAGGAGUCGGGGGGAUUUGGAGGAUCUCGAGAAAGCCUUUGCAGACAUCCACCUGAGCUUGCCAAACCGAGAAGGUGGCGAGGUCAUGAGGGUCCCUCCCGGGACAAAGCUCAGCUUCCAUGCGCUACCCGUAGGAAAAUUGAAAAUCCAGAUCGGAACUCAUCAUACCGACGCGUUAGUAGACGGGGGAGCGAAAAUCACUCUCAUAAGGAGGGAUUUUGCAACGAUCAAGGGUUUUAUGGAAAAUAAGGAAGUAACAGGGAGCAUCCGGGGAGCCGGUGGGGAAAUUUCGUUCGCGGGGUAUGUCACGAAGUGCGCAGUCAAAGCAGGCAUCAGGGAAUCGAUCUGGUCGUUUCAACAGAUGACAGUAAUGGAAGAAAUGGACCACGACAUAAUCCUCGAGAGACCGUGGUGCGCAAACGUAGAAAUGAUAGGCAUGCACUUGCACGAUGGCACGUACAUGGUAGACAUAGAAGACCCAGUGACCGGUCGGGGAGAGCUCCUCCGACUCCUUAGGACGAGAGGAGACCCUCCGACUCGGAAGGGGAAGUUAGCAACAUGCUCACCAUCUUUCGAAGACGGCGCGCGGAAGUGGGCUUUUGCGCGAAUGGAGGGCAUGAGAGAAAGGGUAGAAAUUAUGAUCGAGGAAGCAUUCAAUAAGAAGGAAUGGAUCGAGAGGGGUCUGCCCCAGAAGAAGAGGAGGCAGGAGGACAAAGUCUUAGGUGUUAUGGUGGCAGAAAGGGAAUCAGAAGUCGACCUCGGGGUCAGCCUGCCCAAGCAGAAAGAAGUGCGCAUAGAUGUAUCGGAAGUCGCACUCGAGAUUCCCGAUUUGCUACAACUCAUUAAGGUCAUCAGAUACCAUAACGUAGGAGUGGACUCGGUGGCAUUGGCCAAAUUCGAAGGAGAAGUGAAAAAGGGGUAUUGGGUGAAAGAAAGUGCGUAUGUAGAAGACCCUCGCCCCUCCGGGAGGGAGAAGGUAUACAUAUCUCAUCUGGGAUUGAGAGCGAGGAGGAAAGGGCAAGUGUGGGAGAAGGGGGCAAUGCGGAUAUGGGAGGCAAGGCUCAGGCCUCUAACGAGAAAAGAGCCAAGAGCUGCGAACAACGUGGGUUUUGGCAAAGGGAAGGCGAGGGGAGACAGAAAAUGCGCGACGAGUGUGAGGAUGGGGAGGAAAGAAGGGAAAGCCCGCUUGAAGGACGAAGCGGCCACGACAGUUGUGAAGGGAGGUAUCCGGACGUUGGAAAAGGAUAUGGGGAGAGGACAGAGAUUCCCUAUACCUACGAUCCAAAGAACCUCACUGGCGGAGGAAGAGGAAGUGCAGGAGGUCAUAAAAAUCAACAAUAGGGAUAAGAGGGAUGAAAUCUCGAGGCCUAGGGAGGAGAGGCGGCCCCCGAUACACCAUCAGCGCGAGGGACCCUUCAGAUGGGAGGAUGAAUUUGGACCAACGCCCAGCCAUUGGUUUCAGCAAUGGCUCAAUGUGAUCAAACACGAUUGCAUUAUCAAGACCCGGGAACUCGCGAAGGCAGGGGUGGUGGUCACACCAUUGGAUUUCUUCAGCGAGAUGGAGUUACAAGAGAUUGCAAGGAGGAGAAGAAAAAUCAUGGUCUCCGCCCUGAGGGUCAAAGAGUCAGCAGAAAGACAGGAUGGACAAGGGGACGAGCAAGUUGAGGCACAGGACACCAAUAGGCAUUAGAUGUAGAUUAAGUGUUGAACAUGAAUCCUGUUUUUCAUUUGCAAAACAUUGGAGCGAAAUGUGUAUAGUAUGAGUGCGCCAGGGGCACUGCAAGGUCGGAUGGGCACCCUCAGAACAAAUAUUGGGAAACAAGAAGGGGUUUCUGCCGCUGUACUCUAUAGGGAGCGCAGUUUUGGGACCCUAUCGCCCUGCCCUCGACCAUUCCUCGACCAUUGUACUCCAACACGAGCUCUCCUGUCAUCGGAAGCCAGAACUUCACAUUUUGUGAAGCCCACAUUUCCUGCGAGGAAAAUAGCCGAAGUUGAAAAAACGCUGUGGAGCACAGCGAUGUAUCCACGUAGGAUCCUGAAGCACAGUAACAAUUUACGCAGCACUGUAUUGAAAUACGACGCUCAAGCACAGCAACAAUUCGCGCUACAAAGUAUCGAUUUAUAGAGACGAGUUUGGUCUCCGGCCGAGGUAAACAGAAGCCAAACUCAAAGUAUGGUACACCGAAAUUCCCAAAACAAAAAACAAAAGAAACGGCAUCUA